AUGCUGCUGCUGGCGCCGACCCAACCCACCUCCAAUAAACGCUCAUCCCACCACACGCCCGUGCGAAAAGACCAUGUGGCGUCACGACCGACAAAGAGAAAGACCCAGUACACGAUCCGGCCGGUGUCGAUGCAGAAAAUGCUGGGCUUAACCCACAAAAAGCUGGAGCUGCUCAAGUUCUACGUUCUGCAUGCUUCGCCACUGCUGGUCCACGCCUCGGGCAAAAAGGACGCACCGUGGAUGAAGUCGUCGAUCCAACUGGCGAAAAAAAGCCCCGCCUUGACCGCAGCAUGCCUCACAUUUUCGCAAAUGAUGCUCUACAACCUGCAAAACGAGUACCGAUACAUGCUCAAGGGAAACGUGCCGCACUCCAAACGGCUGGAGUUGCCGAAAUGCCACAAAGUCGUGGGAUACGUGCCUCUGUCUGACAAACAGGAAGAAAACCUGCUCAUCAUGUUCACCGACGCCCUCGCCAAACUCAAACUCGAACUCAUCAACCUGGAUACCACCCACAACUACAACUGCGUGCUCAUCGCCUGCGUCAUGGUGUCCAUGUGCUCCAAGGCCCUCUUCAUCAUUCCUCUGCUGAGCUUUGAUAACUCCGGGGCGGACAUUUUCGGCAUCCUGCGCAUCAUCCACGAUAUCCAGACGCUGUACUUGGGCCAGGGAAAAUCGGACACCAUAGCCGCCGCCCCCUUGCCAAGUAAACACUACCUUCCACGUGAUGACCUGCUAUGGAACAUUCCUAAUCUAGUGCCCAACAGCGACCCCAAGCUGAAAACCUGUCUCGUCAGAGAAAUCCACACUAUGACCGAACUUUACUCCAUGGACUUGGAUGGGCGGAGCUCGGCCCAUCUCACAGCCUGGAGCGUUUACUGGCAUCCGGACUUUCUGGCUUACAUCCGACAGAAUAACCCCUAUGCGCUCUUGUUGGUCUGUUUCUACUGUGCCUACGUGCACAGAUACCACGGCCUAUGUUGGUGGAAGGACAGAUUGCAGUACGACCUGCAGGACAUUCUCGAUCAGCUGCCCCAGGAGCUGCAUCAAUACGUUUGGUGGCCCAUGUUGGAGGUAUCCAGCUUUGAGUAUGAUCAUUCCGUCGAGCUGGGUUUGGCCGUGUAA